AUGAAUAUUCCCAUGCUGCUCCAACAUCCUCAUCGGGACUUCCUUAAAGUCCUUUUAAGAACACUUUACCGACGUUACCACUUCAUCUUACCCUCAAGUACUCACCUCACAUCAGGAAUCCCAUGUGCUCAGCAAUUCAGUUCUCUCGGACUCCAUCAUGCAAAGUGGAUGCUGCUGUCAAAUGGUUUAACAAGAAAAUUAUGUCUACAAACAACCUUAAAGGAACAGACAGAAGGACUUUCUGAUAAAGAACAAAGGCUUGUGGCUGAGCUUUAUACUGGUUUAAUCCAAGGGCAAAGGGCCUGCUUGGCAGAGGCCAUAACUCUUAUAGAAUCAACUCACAACAGGAAGAAAGAGUUAGCCCAGGUGCUUCUUCAGAAAGUGUUAGUCCACCACAGAGAACAAGAGAAAUUAAAUAAAGGAAAACCACUAGCAUUUCGAGUGGGAUUGUCUGGGCCUCCUGGUGCUGGGAAGUCAACUUUUAUAGAAUAUUUUGGAAAAAUGCUUACUGAGAGAGGGCACAAAUUAUCUGUGCUGGCUGUGGACCCUUCUUCUUGUACUAGCGGUGGAUCACUCUUAGGUGAUAAAACCCGAAUGACUGAGUUAUCGAGAGAUAUGAAUGCAUACAUCAGGCCAUCUCCUACUAGAGGUACUUUAGGAGGUGUGACAAGGACCACAAACGAAGCUAUUCUAUUGUGCGAAGGAGGCGGAUAUGACAUAGUUCUUAUUGAAACCGUGGGUGUGGGGCAGUCGGAGUUUGCUGUUGCUGACAUGGUUGACAUGUUUGUUUUACUACUGCCACCAGCAGGAGGAGAUGAGUUGCAGGGUAUUAAAAGAGGUAUAAUUGAGAUGGCAGAUCUGGUGGCUAUAACCAAAUCUGAUGGAGACUUGGUCGUGCCAGCUCGAAGGAUACAAGCAGAGUAUGUGAGUGCGCUGAAAUUACUCCGCAGGCGUUCAGGAGUCUGGAGACCAAAGGUAAUUCGUAUUUCUGCCAGAAGUGGAGAGGGGAUCACCGAAAUGUGGGAUACAAUGAAAGAAUUCCAGGCUGUGAUGCUUGCCAGUGGGGAGCUGACUGCCAAGAGACAGAAGCAGCAGAAAGUUUGGAUGUGGAACCUCAUUCAGGAAAAUGUGGUAGAACAUUUCAGGACCCACCCCACAGUCCGGGAAGAGAUUCCUCUUCUGGAAAAAAGGGUUCUCAGUGGGGCCUUGUCCCCAGGACUAGCAGCAGACCUGUUGUUGAAAGCUUUUAAAAGCAGAGACUAA